AUGCAAAAGGAAAAAGUUAUCGCAUACGCAUCGAGACAACUGAAGAUUCACGAGAAGAAUUAUACUACUCAUGAUUUGGAGCUAGGAGCGGURGUGKUCGCACUCAAGAUCUGGAGACAUUAUCUCUACGGCAAGGCUAAUGUAGUAGCCGACGCUUUAAGUCGAAAGGAAAGGGUAAAACCGACAAGAGUACAUGCUAUGGGAAUGAUGGUUCAGACGAGUUUAAAGACUCAAAUUCUGGAAGCACAAAGAGAAGCUCUGAAAGAAGAAAACAUGAAGAAUGAAGCCUUGCAACACUUAGAGAAAGAAUUUGAAAUGCAAGCAGAUGGGAGAUACACGUUUUACAUCACGAUUUUGGCAGUCUCUUCAAAAGGAAUUGGCUAUCACACCAGCAUACAAUGUGCACCGUACGAAGCUCUAUACGCACGUAAAUGCAGAUCGCCGCUUAGCUGGGUAGAGAUCGGAGAUAGACAGUUGACAACGCCCGAUAUUAUUCAGGAAACCACCGACAAGAUUUCAAUCAUCAAGGAGAGRCUCWAGACAGCAAGAGACYGUCAGAAGAGUUAUGCGRAUAAUCGGAGAAAGCCGUUAGAAUUCCAAGUGGGGGAUAAAGUACUUUUAAAGGUAUCGCCAUGGAAGGGACUAGUACGUUUCAGGAAGAGAGGCAAGCUGGGUCCCAGAUACAUUGGUCCAUUCGAAAUACUCGAAAGAAUCGGACCAGUGGCGUACAAGUUGAAGUUACCACAAAAUCUAAGCGUCAUCCACGACACGUUCCAUGUGUCAAAUCUGAAGAAAUGCCUAACGGAUGAAACAAUAGUGUUACCCUUGGACGACGUUCAGAUUAACGAUCGGUUACACUUCGUCGAAGAACCAACCGAGAUACUGGACCGAGAAGUUAAACGGUUGAGGCGCAGUAAAAUCCCUAUUAUUAAGGUCCGCUAG